AGAAAGAUGACCUUCAGCAAUUUGUCUCCUAAACGACCCAGAACAGAACUGAGCUAGGGUCUGCUUUUUGCUCCAGAGCCCUCGCAGGGUGGCUGGUUAGCCUUGGUUCAUGUUAGACGCUAGAUGUCACCUACAGAAGAAGAGAAGAGCUUACCUCUUCCAGAGAGAUGGCCCCGAGCCAGCAAAUUCGCUCUGUCAGCCUGUGCAGCGGCUGUGGCAGAACUAGUGACAUUUCCCCUGGAUCUCACGAAAACUCGACUGCAGGUCCAAGGUGAAGCUGCCGUUCAUUGCAAUGGAGCUGCCGCCGGCCAGGCGGUCCCUUACCGUGGCAUGCUGCGCACUGCCGCUGGCAUCGUGCAAGAGGAGGGCCUACGAAAGCUCUGGCAAGGAGCCACACCGGCUGUCUACCGCCACAUAGUAUACUCUGGUGUUCGAAUAGUUGCGUAUGAACAUCUCCGUGACUCCGUGCUUGGCAGGGCUGAGGAUGAAAGCUUUCCUUUCUGGAAAGCUGUAGUUGGAGGCAUGUCUGCAGGUGCCAUUGGACAGUUUUUUGCCAGCCCGACUGAUUUGGUGAAGGUGCAGAUGCAGAUGGAGGGAAAAAGGAAGUUGGAAGGAAAGCCAUUACGGUUUCGAGGAGUGCACCACGCAUUUAUGAAGAUCCUGUCCGAAGGAGGAAUACGGGGACUUUGGGCUGGAUGGGUGCCAAAUGUCCAGAGAGCUGCUCUGGUGAACAUGGGAG